GUUGAGAUGGUAGCAGGAUAAACAAACUGCAUUUGUAUGUUCUAUCUUCACAGGAUAAACAAAAUGAAUACAAUGGGAAAAAAAUUCCUUUAGAAGCUUAAUUACUGGACAUAAAUGAACAGAAAACAGCGCGGGUGCCUCUGCAAAAGGACUACAAUGUCCAAGAGAAACUGCUGCGUCCCACGUGACGUCACACACUCCGGAUUCAUAUUGAUGAGGUAGUGACUGGUGAUGCAAAGAAGAAACAAUGCAGGAGUGUUAACUACAUCUUCGUUAAGUCUUCGUGAACCGGAUUCCUUCUGGAGCUGAGGAUCAUGGAGUUUGCCAGUCAGUCAGUCAGUGAUCUGUUUCUUGCUAAAGAAGAUAUGUCUCUAGCUUUGACGCAGAUGGCUCCUGCAGAAACAGCAUUAGAUCACACAGUACAGGACAUCACAGCACAGAUCAUUGGCCUGGGAGAGGGGAAACUGGACCUUUAUGUCCCAUCAGAAGCAAUAAUUGAACCGAUAUCCCCAGCGGAGGACGUGCCAGAAGACGGUGCACUUGCAGCUUCAACGUAUGAAGCUGCUGAAGAUGAAAUGACAAGUUAUCCGGUUCAGUCAAAUCAUUCUUCAGAUCCAGGUGUGCCAAAUGAGACGACCGCAGUCAGCAGUUCGGUAUCAGACUCAAAUCCCAGUGACGCGUGUGAAGUGUCCCUUGGAGACUUGGCAUCUAACCCUACAGCUCCUGGAGAGACAGGAAUCUCUAAAGAGGAUACAAGUGUCAGAAAGUUCAUCCCACCAAAGAAGGACAGAAUGGACCCACUAAAAAUGGACAUGUCCAAGCCUACAGUGAUCCCCCUCACCUCAUCUCAGCUCUCACUGCAAUGUCUGGAGUGCCACAUUAUCUUCAGUGACGACAAGAGCAAGCAACGUCACCUCAAAAUGAACCACCCUACUGAGUAUGAGCAGUGCAUGCUUGGAGAUGCGCUGUUUGCGUGCUAUGUGUGUGAUCGUCAUUUUACCUGCUCUACAGAGCUCAUGGCACACCAGCGCGCUCACACUGAGAAGCAGCCCUUCAAGUGCCCCAUUUGUGGAGAUGCCUUCAGCCGAUCGUCUGAGCUUACAAGCCAUAAGAAGGUACACUAUAGCAAGCAGGGUUAUACCUGCUCAGACUGCAGCAAGCUCUUCAAAACCCUUACAUUGCUUAAGUACCACCAGCGUGUACACACUGGGGAAAGGCCAUAUGUUUGCAUACAUAAAGAGUGUGGCAAGAGAUUUACCAUGCCCAAAGCUCUCCAGAAGCACCUGGAUGCACAUGAAAAGGAGGCGACAGAAGGUGUAGAAAACUUGACAAACGCCACAAGCAAAACAAAGAAAAAGAGGAGCAAGUGUACAUCCUCUAGGAAAUACGCAUGCUCACAGUGUAAUGAAUCUUUCAAGACAGCCAAAUCACAGCUGCACCACAUUAAGGCAAAGCACUCACAGUGCUCAACCAUUACACCAUCCAACAGUGCUGUGGCAGCAGGAAGCCCAUGUGUUACGACUCUGACUGAAGUAGUUCAACUACCUCUACCACACGUGGAAGCGUUUGGACAGGCAGCCCAGCAAAUAGGCCCACUUGGAGUUGAACAGAUUAAAAGACUAAUAGAGAAAAUGGGAAAUGUCCAAAAAGUAAAUCAGCUGGUCAUUCUUGGAAUUGAUCAGUUACCUUUGCAGGCACAAAGUGCUGGUAUGCAACAGCCACAGGGCCUUAUACAACCGUUGCACUUUGAUUUCACACAGCCAACAGUUCAACAAACUGAACAUCAGCAGGCAGGGGACAAGAAAGGACAUGAAGGAACAGCACCAACUGGAACUGAGCAAGAUACAUUAUUAGAAUCUUUAGAGGUUGAGGUUGCUGUUGAACAAAAGAAAUCUGCGGUCCACGUCGAGACAAGUAUUUCUGCAGCAUGUCCAGAGAAACAGGCGACAGUUAUUGAAUCAGACAUGACAGGAGAACAGGUAAAUGAGGUUCAGUAUGAACCUGAAAUUACUGAAAAGGACAUUUUACCUCCUCCGUUGGAGGCCAGUCAUCAGCAUAUGCUUAUAACAGAGGAGCAGCACAUUCAAGAUGCAAUAGAUGUCAAAACUUCAGAAACAGUGAACGAUUCAUCUUUGACUUAUUUAACUGAUUUUGAAAGUAGAGUAACAAGCGAGAAGGAACUUGUGAUCAAGCCAACAGACAUCACAGUGCAGGAGAAGACAAACACAGAUACAGACCCAAGUCAAAAGGACUUUGAAGCUGCAGGUUCAUCAAUAGAACCCGAGACCCAAACUGAGCAGGGGAACGUAGUUAACCCUGAUAUGACCAACACACAUGCAGAUCCUCUAAAUCAAAAGGCUUCCGAGGCACUAGGUUCAUUAGUAGAAUCUGAGCCACAAACUGUGCAGGGCAAUCCAGAUAAACCUGAUGAGACCAUUGCCAAUGCAGAGUCCCGAUGUCAAAAGGCAACGGAGGCAACAGGUUCAUUAGAAGAAGCUCAGCCAAAAGCUGAGCAGAGUAAUCCUAACCUUCAGAGGAGUCAAGAGAUUGAAGCUCAGUUAGAGCAAGAGCAUUUAAAGGAAAUUCUCUUAUCGGAGGAUUCAAUAUUACAGAUGAAUAAACCCUCUCUUGGCAAUGUACAAUGCAAUCAAGAAAGGUCUCCCUUGGAGCAGGCACCCUGUAGUGAGUCCAGUGUACAGCAAUGCAGAGUGGAACCAGAAGACCAGACACUUUUGGAAGAAGAAAAUCAUUACAUUAAGAAGGUACUGCCAAUAAAGAAGAAAAGUUCUAAAAAGCGGGUGAUCCGUAAGUCUCAGUACUUGGAAGUUCAGGAUGAAGUUGCAAAAAGUACAUUACCCAUAACACCUAAUCAGAAAAUUAGCACUGUAUCAAAGACACCAAAAAAACAAGAGAAGGCAACGAAACAUUUUGGACCUAAACAAAAUAAGAAAAAAUAUUCAAAGCCAAAACUGUUACAUAUAUCCAAAAACAGUCUAUAUAAAGAUCAGCAAGACAUUGAUCCAGGAAAUGUGCCUGUUUUGUCGCACAGUGAGAUUGAAAAGUUGAAACAGAAACAUAAAAAAGGAAAGAAAGCUGAAAAGUCUUCUGGGCUCAUGCAGGCCCUUAAUCUCCCCUGUGAAAAAAAAGUAAUGAAGGUGUCGGAACAAGCACAUCGAGGGAAACCUCAGAAAAGAAAGUUUGAAAACCAGAGAGAUUUGGUAAAGAAAGGGAAGUCUACACAGGAUACCCAGCAAGAUGAAACCCCUGUGCCAAAGAAGAAAAAGUCAGGCAAAAUUUCUGAGGCAGCUUCCCAAAAGAAAGCAAAGAGCAACAUCACAGUGAAUAAAGUAAAUAAGAAAAGCCACAAGAUCACAAAACAAAGGGAGAAAGAUAAAAAAGUAUCAGAGACCCCAAUCAUGGAUCAAAUAAAGCAACAGGCCUUGCUUUUGCUGAAAGGUCAUAAGCAACCACAGCUGAAGGUUCAUAAGUUGGAUGCUAAGACCACAGGAUUAGACCACCAACUAAUAAGUAAAUGUCAAACCAAAGAAAUGUAUGGGCAUGAGACUACAGCGCCAGAAAAGGAAGGGAUACAAAAUAAAUCGCUGCAAACACCCAGGCAAAAGAAAAAAAAAGCAAAAACAGUCGGAAAGAAAUCCAAAGUAGAUACAAAGCAAUCUUCUCAUUUGCAAACAUCUCCUAUUAACAGUGACUUCCCUUCUGGUGCAAAACAAAAAGUUGUGAGGAAGCGUAAAGCCCCUGCAAAAAUAGAUCAGGAAAUUGCAUUAAGCCCUCCAUAUUCUCGGCUCAUAAUUGGCUGCCAUGACUGUGGGAAGAGCUUUUCGGAGGUGUCUGCCUUGCAAGAGCACAUGGCAUCCAUGCACUCUGAAAAUGGAGCUCUCCAGUCUAUUGUACCCUGUGACGUGUCUGAAAUGCCCACAGUUAGCCUGAGGCCAAAUGAAAUAAUGCUCACAAAUUCAGUCCACUCGAGCAGCUUCGAAAUACACGUACCAACAGAUUGGGAUGUGGAGUCAGAGAUGAGAGAAAUUGGUUUAGGGGAUGAACAAAGGAAUGAGCACAGGCUUUCAUUCCCUGCCCUCAGUCCUUCCCCGUCUUUUCCAAUAACAAUAACCUUUGUUGAAGAAGGUAAACAGGAUGACACUCCUAAUCAAGAGCCUCCACUUGGACAUAAAAAGGCAAUUGGUAAAAAUUCUUCCUGUCACGUUGAAACAAAUGAAACUAAGGUAGGAGAACAGGAGAACAUAGAUGUACAUUCACUUCCACCAGACUCCUUGUCUGGGCCACAGGAAAGCAUGGCUCUUAAAGAGGCAUUGCCAUCUAAUGUGAGUUUAGUCAUGGUUGAGGACCAAAAUUAUGGAGAUUCCCAUGUAUCAACUAAGUUAUCCAGCCUCUCCCAAAGUAACUCUCACAAGGUCUCGGAUCCACAGGCAGGGGAAGCGAGUCACAACACAGUCAGUCACAGUCCAUCAUUUAUUCAGACCCAGCUGCCUACCACUUAUAAUGCUGGAUCUCGCUUAACAGAGCAAUCGGAGAUUAAGCAAGAGGCAGACGAGAUAUCCAUUCAGACGGUAACGAGCCGACCAAACACUUCUAUGACGAGAGGUAAAAGAGGACGAGGAAGCAAGGGUCGGGGAAAGAGACAACUUGGAAAAAGACGUUCUGCUGAAAACAAGCGUACAGAAGAGAUGGUGGCCAAUGAAGAAGACUGUCAGGUUGUCUUUGAGUUGUAUUCACUAACAGGUAACAGUGAGGAAAAGAAUGAAGACGUACUCAAAGACAGAAAAGCCAUUAAUGCCGCUGCAACUUCCAUGCACUCGGUCUUGAAGGAAUCUUCCGAGGAUCAGGAAGUAUACGUGUUACCACAACCUGUUACCGCAAGUGCUUCGGAGAUGAUGACAUCAGAAAAUGGUUCCCUAACUCAGAAGUCUGGAGAAGAUGAAAAGAACAGUAGUUUCUCAAGUAGCUUAAGGAAGGGGAGAAUCUCUAUACAUCGCCAGAUUGGAAUGAGAGGACAGGGCAAUCUACAGUCAGAUAGUGGAUUAACUUCUGCUGGUACCUCUACUGAUGUGAAAAUAGAAGCCAGUCCAUCGGUUCUCACAGCCCAAGAUGUCCAAGCUAAUGAUGGAGAUUUUUUGCAAGGAGUCCAGAUGAUUUUGGUAAAAGCGGAGGAUCAGCCAAUUUCAAAUGAUCCCCACAUUGUACAGGAAGCUCAACAUAUGCAAAUUAAUCACGAUGCAUGUCUAGAAAAGCACCUGGACCAUUCCACAAUUGGAAUUUCCUCUGGUUCCCCUACAGUGGGUCAGUCUACUGCCAAGCAGUGUAUUUUCUACCCUGUAAAGGAGGAGGAGGGGGAGAUAGUGGAGCCUCAAGUUAAUAUCCAAGGGACCUCAAGUUCAGAAGUUUUGGAAGAGAGGACCGGACCAUGGGGUUCACCUGGAUUAGAGGAGUGUGAGGUCAGGAUAGGAUGCCCACAAAUGGAAGUGCACCCUAAUUUAUACUCCAGCACUGAAGAGGGCAAUGUUGGUACGGAGCAACAGAGCACUGAAGACAUUUUAGAAUUCCUUUCCCAAACAUCAGAUAUGGAGGAUUUGGUUAGUGACCCUUCUGAUCCGGAAGCUGAAACUCAUAUUAUGUCUUGUUACAAUGGUAUCUAUGCCAAUGGAGCAGUGCAACAGUGUGAAAUGUCCAGCACUGAGCAGCAUGCAAAACCCUCUAAAAAUACAGGCUGUCCUGAAGCAGAUGACAAACAGGCAGGCAGUAAAGAGCAUUGUGAACCCAUUGACUACUUCAUUCAGUAUUUUAGUUGGAAUAUAUGGAAAGAUAUUGCAACUUGCACAGGGCAAGUGUCAAAAUUGCCAAAGCCUGUUACUGAAAAGGAGGUGGCCCAGUUUGUAGGAAUCCACAUUGCAAUGGGAACCCUAAAGUUUCCAAGUAUGAAGUUGUACUGGGAUGAUUUCACCCGAGUGCCAUUGAUUGCUGAUGCCAUGUCUGCAGCCAUGUUUUCUGAACUUGCAUCUAAUCUAAGAUUGGCCAGUCUUAAAGGGGAUGGGCCAAACUGGAACGGACAGGAUGCACAUAAGGAUCAGGAUGCAAAUAAUUGCACAGAAAUUUUGGUAUCAAAGAAAGAUCCCCUAUGGAAAGUUCAGGCAAUAGUGAACAGAGUUCGAGAAGGGUGUCAAGCACUUAAACGAAAUGGAAACUGUGGAGUUGACCAGUAUCUCCUUCCUUUUCAGAGACAUCCAACACACUCAUUACAUCACACAGUAAUGAUAAAUGCUUCCGGAUUGGUCAUGGACUUUAGCUUGCGUGUCAGUGACUGUAACAGAGAGAAAAUUGUUGAGGAAAUGGUUUCUCAAGAAAAAAGUGAUGAUCAAGGAAUGGUAUUUCUUUGCAAGCCAGAGCUAUCAACACCUUCCAUGUUAGAGCAUCUCCUAGAGGCAGGAGUGCGCAGUGCUGGCAAGGUUGGUGGUGCUAGGGGGCAAAUAGGUGAUGAGUUUGUCACUUCUGAUGGGAAACUAAAACUGUUCAGAUGCCAUCAUGGCUUUAUUUUGUCAGCAGUAACAAAAGACAAGUCCCGCUCGACAUCGCUUGUAAGUGGUUUUGAGAAGGCAAUCAAAGCUGCAAACCUGAACCGAGAUUUGAGAAGCCUUUAUCGCACACCAUGCACAAGCCCAUCACCCAGUGCCUGGCCACAAUCUGUACUUUGGGACCUUAUUGAUCUGGCAUUAGUUAAUUCUUGGCUACAGUACAAGCAAGAUCAAAACCAUCUUUCAGAGCUACUAUCACUUAUGGCAUUCCGAUUAGAAGUUUCCAAAGCUUUAAUUCAAUCCAACAAUAUUGCUGUGCAAGACUCCUCACCACCCCCAUAUCUUCCACCACCAAUACAGCCUGGAUCAAAUGCAUCCACAGGACGUUCGGAUGUCUUUGAGACCCCUUUACCUGAUGCAGCCACACGAUAUGAUGGUUUGGGCCACUGGCCAGAACAACUUUCCGAGGGUGAAGAGGCUAGGUGUAGAUUUGGAGGUUGCGAGCAAAUGUCUAGAGUACGUUGUCUCAAGUGCUGUGUUUUCCUCUGUAUUUCUCGCAAUCACAACUGCUUCCUGAAGUUUCACAGUCAAGGAACUACAUGAAUCUACUAAAAUGCUCUGACAAUAGGCCAAAUUAAACCAAUGAGUUUUAUAUAGUUAUUUAUCACCAUGAUUUGUCAUUUAGUGUUGACUGAUAUGGGGCAGUUUGUCUGGUGUAAGUGAUAGUUUGCUCUGUCCUGAUUUUGUUAAAACAAAAAAAAAAACAAAAAAAGCAAACAAAAACCCUGUCAUUUGCUCAUCUUGAUUGCAAUGGUAUUGUAAUACUCAGUUCUAGGACCCGGUUGAACCCGGUUUCUACUUCUGGGACUGGGAGUAAGUGUUGACUGUUUGAAACCUAAAGCACUUUGUUCAUAAGCUGUUUUAUUGGAAUAGUUCAGGGGAACAAGUUAUACCUGUUAGUUUGCCAUGCUUAAUUUGGCCAAUUGUGCAUCUUUACAUCUGUUUAAGCUAAACCCUGACAUACUAGGUGAGAAUUUAUAGCCACAGUUUUAAAAACCCUGAACUCACCCCAAGAAACAGUUUUGCACAGUUUAUAUGUAUAAACUAAGUAUAUAACAUCAAAUUACAUCGUUUACAUCGUUUUCUUCCCCCUGCUUUAACUGGUGUAGCCUAUGGCUUGGGUGUACAUAUGUAUUUAUCAUAGGCUAGCGGAUUUGUAAGUUAUUAUUGCCCCCCUGUAUCUAAUCUUCCACUAUUUGAAACCAUUUUAUAUUUUUUUCUCCUGUAUUAUAUAUUACACUAUUUUAGCUAAAGAAUAAUUGUGUACAGAGGAUAUAAAAAAAUUGUAAACACCUGUAUUAAAACAGCUGUUUUUUGUAAUGUAAACAAAGCUAAAUCAUAAAAGAACAUGUUCACCUUUUAGUGUACAAAUUACAACCUGUACAGUGCCACUGAACAUUAAAGUGACACAAUUCAGAGAAAAAAGAUUUAAAAAAAAAACAAAAAAAAAACAGAAUAAUCUAAUUGCAUUAGUGUGCACAAACUUUUUUAUAAUUGGGUACACGGCUUUGUUCAGAAUGAACAUCAAGCUCCUGUGAAAUGGUAGUUAGUACACACCUGACUUAAACUGAAGUGACUCGUAUUACUCCAAAUAAAUCUCAGCUGGUCUUGUAGGAUUUAAACUCCCAGUACACUUCUUCUAGUGGGCAUUUUAAAAAUGUUUUUUUUAUUU